AUGGUCAAUGAUACACUGCUGGUAGAAUUUGGGAUUGAUUCAACCCUUCGAGAACACAAUUUAGAAUUGUAUGCAAAAAGUCACUGUCUGCAGUUUACUCGACUGAAUUUGAAUAAAGCUUUCCUUGAUAUAUUUAAACCAAAAAUAAAAAUCGUGUUGCUGUUGUACACAAGGGAAACUAUAAGCUGCGCUCAGCCUCUUUUUACAAGGGAUUUCAUGCUUAAUAAUGAAUUCAAACGCACCAAGAAAACAGUUUGGAUUAUUCAUGGAUAUAGACCACUUGGCACAUACCCAGUGUGGCUUCAAAAAUUAGUUCAAGUCUUGCUCUCUUUAGAAGAUAUGAAUGUAGUCAUAGUUGAUUGGAAUCAGGGUGCUACAACUUUGCUUUAUCCAAGAGCUAUGCAAAGAUGUUGGACAGUUGCUGAAAUAUUGAAACAGUAUAUUAAAAGGAUGAGGAAAUACGGAAUUUCUCCUCAGUCUUUUCAUUUCAUAGGAAUGAGCCUUGGGGCUCAUAUAGCAGGAUAUGUUGGAAGCCACUUUAAAGGUCUAAUUGGGAGAAUUACUGGCCUUGACCCAGCAGGACCAGGUUUCAAUCAUGUGCCAAUAAAAAUGAGAUUAGAUUAUACAGAUGCACAAUUUGUUGAUGUCAUCCAUUCUGAUGCUGAUGGUCUUGGUAUCACAGACUCUAUUGGACAUAUAGAUUUUUAUCCUAAUGGAGGAAAAAAACAACCUGGCUGUCCCAAAUCAAUAUUUUCAGGACUCUCUUAUAUAAAAUGUGCACACCAAAGAGCAGUUUUUUUAUUCCUCUCAUCUUUAUCAAUGAAGUGCAAUCUGACUGCAAUAACUUGUAAUUCAUAUGAAGAAUAUAGAAAUGGUAAAUGUAUUGACUGUGAAGCCUUUGGAUUACAUUUCUGCCCCACAAUGGGUUAUUAUGCUGAUCUCUCGAAAAACUAUAUAAUUAAAAGGAAGCCUCCUGGGUUAAAUGCUUUUUUUGAUACUUCACCAAAGGAACCAUUCUGUUUCUAUCAUUAUGUUCUUAAUAUUGGCAUUAUGGAUAAAAUUAAGAAGAAAGGUAAUAUUGAAAUUAAGUUAAAAGACAAACAUGGGAUUAUAGAAACAUCAAAACUUAAACAGUAA